AUGCUAAGGUAUUUUACUAGCAACGUGCUUAGAAGGGCGACAGGGGUGCGCUUCGGUGCGGUAACCGCUGCAGGCGAAAGAGUUCACUCCGCACCCUCGGCUGCCACUGCCGCUUCUUCCGGGCCCUAUCAGCCGGCAUACUCAGAGAUAAAGGGGGCCUCGGACACCCCCGUGUUGGACCAGCUCAUAGGCUACUAUGUUAACAUACAGUCUCGUAAGAUGUACUAUAAAGACUUUCUUCGGAUCGAGCACCAGGCUGUGCGUUGGGCCUUCGCGGAUAUUCGCAAAAACAGCGAGGCACUUGCGCAUGGCUUGCUGCAGACCGGUGUGCGGCCGGGAGACCGCAUCUUGGUGAUCCAGCCCUGCAAUUGCGAGACGCUCGUUCUACAGCUCGCUUGCGCAAAGAUUGGGGCUCUGGCGUGCGUUGUACCCCACACAACCAUCAGCGCAGAUAAGCUUCGCUUUUAUUUGAACGAGUUUCAACCGCGUCACCUCAUCGCACGGGAGUGGAUUAACGUUCCAGAGCAGAAGCAUGGUGAGUUGGUAGAGCGGAACAUGCACUUCUGGGAUACAAUUUACAACGUCAUACCAGAUCUGGGUCUGUCCUAUCCCGGGCAGAAAUUCCAAUGGGUGCAUUCGCAAGAGUUCUUUUAUCUCAAGAAAGUUAUUAUCACUGAUCAUAACAUGAAUCUUUUAGGCGUUACUCCAAUGCGGAAGAUUUUGGUCUGGGGUCCCUUCUCUUAUUACGAGCAACGACUCCGACGACUCUCAGCUCUUUUGCACCCGGACGACCCAGUCCUGGCUCUCGAGGAUCCUCAUCCCGCAGCGGAGGAUAAGUUACACAUCACCUUCUCGCACCGAAACUGCGUAAACGCCGGGUUUCUUUUCAGUCAGCUACUGAAAUUUAUGGCGGAAACUCGUUUUGGGGUCAUGCCCAAUCACCACACAAACCCUAUCGGUGCAAUCAUUGCUCCUUAUGCGGCCAUCACAUCCGGUGCUGUGCUCAUACAAAUUCACUCUGAUAUGUUCACAGACGACCACGCUAUUAACGCUAUUGAGAAGCUCUGCGUGGAGGAAGUCGAGACACUCCUAGGAACCAAAGCGGAUUUCGAUCUCAUCCUCAAACACGCCGGGAACUUCGAUGCCGACCAGUUUGAGCAUUUGAAGUACGUCGUUCUCUUUGAAAACGUAGUCGAGGAGUCAACAUCAGUGGAGUAUAUCAAAAAGCUUGCCGAGAGUUUGAGCCUUGACGAUGUCUUUGUGUUCCGUGGCCCGUUGGAGGCGUGCUAUAUGUUGUCGUGGUGGUCGCUGCGUGAGGGCCCCUUGGGGAUGGUGCCGCAUGUAGAAGUAAAGGUCGUCGGCGACCGUGGGACGGGGGAUGCCAAGAUCCUGUCCGCCGGUCAACGGGGCAACCUAAAGCUUAAAGGGCCACACAUUACACCGGGGUACUACAAUAACGCCGGGCUCAUGACGGAGAUGGUGGAUGAAAAAGGAUUCUGCAGCACCAGCCGUGAGGCAAUUAUAGACGAGGAGGGAAAAUUAACACUUAAAGAAACCCAGUUAUAUUGA